AUGUUCAGACACGUUGAGUACGCUGGUGGGGACAAAACAGCUGGUGCUGCUCUGGUGCCCGGUGCUGACCGCCCGUCCUCCUGUCCAGCCUCUCCCUGUCCGGGUGUUCUCUGUGUGGCUGACGAAGAGGCUGCCGGUCAGAGGGAGGAAGGCUUUGAUGCUGGCGGGAGAGAUGCUGUGGAGGAGAAGGAGGUCUGUGCUGCUGGCUCAGACACUCACGUAGAUGCGCGUGGGGUCAAACGGACACUCGGUGGUGACGCUGGAGUAGCCGAUGGCGUCGGGAAAGCGGCAGUGGCUCAGGAGGCUCCGCCCACCCUGAACCACGGCCAUCACCACCGACACCAGGAGGCCCAGGGCCGAGGCGGCCGCCAUGAGGGCCGACAGCAGGCUGACCGCCAACAGGGACCAGGACUCAAACAUCUGAAGCAGCUUCUCUUUAGCGUCACGACUCAGACAGAAAGAGAGCUGCCAGAUAUCAAAGUGAGCACCGGAGGCCGACAGCGCCACCACGUUGGCCACGGCGUAGUCGGGGGCCCGGGCCUGCGGCGGCGGGCCCCCCCGCCGCAGCACCACGCCGUGCACCAGCGCGCCCAGCAGGAAGUUGAGGUGGCCCAGCACGAUCAGGCCCAGCCCCAUCUUCAUCAGGGCGGGGGGCUCCUGCAGGCCGCCGCAACACACACCUGGGGGGGGACAGGCUGGGUCAAAGAGCCAUCACAGAUGAUGUUACAUCACCAGCGGGGCUGUAUGGAUCACGUGCGCGGGCGGCGGGUCAGAGGCACGGCGGGGGGCGCCCGCAAAGGUUUCCUUCACCGAAUCUCACCUGUGCCACCCCAGCACCACACCCAAACAAACAUGAUAGAAGAUUUCACAAAUGUUGAGCACCACACACAGGACAGACGCACCCACCAUAAAGUAAGAGAAAACCGUCUUCUCCGUGGGGCGGGAUACGUAGCAGUCCACCCGGUUUGGACAGGGGCUGGAGUCACACUGGACUCUCCUGGGAAGCUUGAAGCUGUCGUAGACACGGUUGAGCAGGUAGAGAAAAGCGAUCUCAAAGCUGGUUUUGGCGAAGAGACUCAACAGGUAGGUCCACCAGAGGCCGCCGUGCUUCUGGCCGGGGUUGGGGUAGAGUUGGGCGCUCUUGCCGUGCUUCUCGCGGUGCUUGUGCUCCCGCUUCUCCCGAUAGGCCACGUGCAGUACCACCAUGAAGGAAGGGCAGGUGACGAAGAUGAGCUGAAGGGCCCAGAGGCGAGUGUGAGAGAUGGGGAAGUGGUGGUCAUAGCAGAUGUUGGUGCAGCCUGGUUGGCGGGUGUUGCAUUCAAAGUCCCCCUGGUCAUCGCUCCAGACCCGCUCAGCGGCGACCACAAAGACCAACACCCGAAAGACAAAGACCACCGACAGCCAGAUCCGCCCGAAGCCAGACACGUGAAGGGUCACCAUAAGGGAGGGGCAGGUGACGAAGAUCAGCUGGAGGGCCCAGAGUCUGGUGUAGGAGAUGGGGAAGUAAUGGUCGUAGCAGACGUUGUGGCAGCCGGGCUGGAGGGUGUUGCAGUCAAAGUCCUUCUGCUCGUCCGCCCACACCUUCUCGCAGGCCACAAGAACGACCAGCAGCCGGAAGAUGAAAACGAUGGCCAGCCAGACACGGCCAAACGCGGUGGAAUACUUGUUGACCCCGCUGAGGAGCCCCUGCAGGAAAGCCCAGUUCAUGGCGUCGUUUUAAAGAGUCACUAG